CUGCAGAGCCCCAGCUCCAAUCCCAAGAAAUUAAUCCCGCCGUAUAUGAAGGCGGUUUCGGGUUCAUUGGGAGGGAUCGUGGAGGCCUGUUUUUUACAACCCAUCGACGUUAUUAAGACGAGGUUACAGCUGGAUACGACGGGGACUUACAAGGGAAUUACGGAAGGCGUAAGGGCUCUCUGGAAGGGUUUGACACCCUUCGCUACACACUUGACAUUGAAGUACCUUCGAAUGGGGUCAAAUGCGGUGCGUCAACAAGCUUUUAGGGGCUCACAAACUGGGAACAUUAUUAAUCAAGGUCGAAUUCUUUCUGGGUUCGGUGCUGGUGUUCCUGAAUCUCUCGCUAUUGUUACUCCUUUCGAGAUUCGUUUCACGGUGGUGAAAAUUAGACUGCAGCAACAGAGAGGGUUGAGUCCCGAGCUUCUAAAGUGCAAGGGUCCGAUACACUCUGCUCGUAUGAUCAUCCAUGAAGAAGGGAUCCUUGGACUCUGGGCAGGGGCUGGCCCAACUGUUAUGUGCAAUGGGACAAACCAGGCUGCCAUGUUCACAGCUAAAAAUGCUUUUGAUGUACUUUUGUGGAAGAAACAUGAAGGCGAUGGGAAAGUCUUUCAACCAUGGCAAUCUAUGAUAUCAGGAUUCCUUGCUGGAACAGUUGGUCCACUAUGCACUGGCCCUUUUGAUGUAGUCAAAACAAGGUUAAUGGCACAGAGUCAAGCUGGGGGUGAGUUGAAGUACAAAGGUAUGAUUCAUGCUAUCAGAACAAUAUAUGCCAAGGAGGGGCUUCGUGCCUUGUGGAAAGGACUGCUGCCUCGGCUCAUGGGGAUUCCCCCUGGCCAGGCCAUCAUGUGGCCUGUGGCUGACCAAGUAACUGGUCUUUAUGAGAGGAGAUAUACGCACAACACACACUUGUAGGUAAUUUUUUACAUUGUUUUGCUUGUUUUGGUUCAUUGCGCGGUGCAAGCGUAACAGGAUGGAUUACCUAAAAAUAUAUAUUCUUAAGAGUACUUAGGUUUCUCUAAUUCAACACUAGUUCCAAUAACCAUCUCAA